AUGGGGCCAGGGAUGCCCGAAGUUUGCCUUGUAGAUGUCCCUCAAACUGUGGCGUAUCCAACACCGAACUCGUCGAGGACCUUGCUUUACAUCGAGACAACAUAUUGUCGUCCGGCAAGCAAGGACGAGAGGCCUACAGAUUUCCCUCAAACCAUGCCCCACGCAAAGCCGAUGCAGCGAGGACCUGACUUUGCAUCGAGACGACGUGUCGUCGUCCGGCGAGCGAGCAUGGGAGGGUGGUCGCAGGACGGUGAAGUGGAGGGAAUACGGGUGAAAUGGGGGGGUGGGGAUGGAACUGCCUUUGCGUCGAGACGACGUAUCGUCGUCAGACAACCCCUACCCUUUGGCAUCGACCUGGAAAACAAGAUAUCAGGCUCGAACGAUGGCCUGGAAGAUUAUAGCAGCGUUGUCAAGAGGAAUUUUGGCCCAAGAUGGUCAACGAGUAACAGUUGGAUCGAGAAACUGGCGAACCUAACAGCGGUGCAGUUCCCUCUCCAAUACCUACCGAGAGAUCACGCAGUAUUCGUCCCAAAAAUCCGAAAAUCUCUCCCCGAACCAUGGUCGGGAGGGGGGUGCCCACACAAUCCUCUCAGAAUAUUUUUGAAGGAAGAACGGCGCGCGGAGAGGCGUGGUUUGCGUCACAAGGAGGAUUACUUGUCUCAGAAGAUCGAAGUCAGUACAAUCAAAUUGCUGAAGAGAAAACAGGACAAAGCAAACAUGGGUGCCGGGCUAGUCAAGGACGUCGAAGUCCUUGUAGACGAAGCGAAAUUCAUCAUCGGUUGGAGCAAGUAG